AUGAAGUCUGCCGUCAGAGCACCACUUGAUAACAGACAGAGGAGCAGAGUGUUGAGGAAACAUUUGUCAAGAGCCAGUACAGAGCGCUGCACAGAGCGACCCCGUCCUCGCGUCAGCCACAAAACGCUCAUCAAAGUCCAGAGCGCCGGGCGGAUAAAUGAUGGCGCCCGGAGGUCCCCGAGGGCUGAGCCGGAGUCGCUGUGUUCUUCGGUGCAUUGUCAAACCAACACGUUUAAAGUCCUGGAUCUGCCUGUCAUGUCGGAGCCUCUGAUCCUUCCCUUUUCACCGCAGACUAACACUGUCACGAGGCCCAUCCGUCAGAAGAAACGACGUCGCAGCCUCCCCUUCCCCGGCUUCAGACGCCGCAGCCUCCCCUUCCCCGGCUUCAGACGGCGCUGCCUCCCCUUCCCCGGCUUCAGACGGCGCUGCCUCCCCUUCCCCGGCUUCAGACGCCGCAGCCUCCCCUUCCCCGGCUUCAGACGCCGCAGCCUCCCCUUCCCCGGCUUCAGACGCCGCUGCCUCCCCUUCCCCGGCUUCAGACGCCGCAGCCUCCCCUUCCCCGGCUUCAGACGCCGCUGCCUCCCCUUCCCCGGCUUCAGACGCCGCAGCCUCCCCUUCCCCGGCUUCAGACGCCGCUGCCUCCCCUUCCCCGGCUUCAGACGCCGCUGCCUCCCCUUCCCCUUCCCCGGCUUCAGACGCCGCAGCCUCCCCUUCCCCUUCCCCGGCUUCAGACGCCGCUGCCUCCCCUUCCCCGGCUUCAGACGCCGCUGCCUCCCCUUCCCCGGCUUCAGACGCCGCUGCCUCCCCUUCCCCGGCUUCAGACUUGUCAGCCACGCUGCUGGGUUUCUCCUGUCCUUCCGGUGA